UGGAGUAAAAAAGACAGAAUGAUGUGCUUUAAUGUGUCUGAACGAAACACUCUGGGCUUUGGAGGAGCUAAAUGGCAGGAACAGGUGUUCAAAUUCACUGAAUCAUAAGAGGGAUUUGAGUGCUGAUGAAAAUGAACUUUGGGACAGUUGUCAUCAGUGCGGGUCUCUGUGGGCUGCUCAGUUUCAUCCUGCUCGCCGUGUCCAUCGCCACUGAUUACUGGUACAUUAUAGAUGUGGAUAAAGGGACGAACUCCAGCCUGGAAUACAGCAGCUCUCACUCCGGACUCUGGAGGAUUUAUGAAGGAGAGAAUGGCAGUUAUCAUGACAUCUCGUUCUACACGGACACCUCCAACCACACUGAGCAGGAGAAGCACCUUUUAAACUUGCACAGGGUCAUCGUGGUCCUGCUGCCUUUCAGCCUGGUGCUGCUAGUCUUUGGGGGCAUCUUCGGUCUGGUGGCGUCUUUGGCUCAGAGCUUCUCUCUCCUCACCUGCAUCGCUGCAUAUUUCCUCAUCUGCAGUCAGUGA